AUGAGAUUAGUGGAAGAUAUGGUUACUGCUGCUACCAGCUUGGCCCCCACCACUGAAAUGGACUACCCAUCGAAACAAUCCCAAGGUGGAUGGUUCGAUUUCUUUUUUGCUCACGAACCAACUGUGACCGAAUCGAUCAACGAAACAUUGCUUAUGGUCAGUGAAAAUGCAACCCUGGACAGAGAGGAACUGUCCACACAAAUUGUGGAUAUUAUCAGUACUGUACUAGUACCUGAGACGAGCACAGUUCACCCGGAAUUUCUUUGUGUGAAAGAUGAAUGGACCGAACCGGAUUUUCCACGAUACGCCUGUUCGGGAAGUAAAAUUACCUCAUGGAUUGCCACUGUGUUCUUGCUCAGUAUGAUUAUAUUUGGUAUCGUGAGUAAGUUCGCCAAAUAUUGCUCUUUUAUUAAUGCAACUUGA